UGAAAUUUAACACAAAAUCCUAAUUUUAAUUUAUUUAAUUAUAAUUUAUUAUCAACACGCGAGACAUGUCGAUAAGUGAGUAAUCGUUAUAUGUAUAUCGAUUCGCGACGUUCGGUAACAAUAUCGGCUGCGGGAUGCGGGACAAUUAAUAAAAUACAGGACAGAUGUCGCCGCGGGUAUCUCUCUCCGCGAGAGUCGCAUCGAGGCCUACGUGACCAACGGAUCGUGUCCACCAUCUUGCGCGUGUGUAUCGCGGACCUUGUUACACGCGUCCGCGAGUUUUGACGUGACGCGUGAUAUGCGUGAGUGCGUGAGUGCAGCGAGAACCUCGCAAAAGACGUUCGACGGAGCUGACGCAACGUGACAACUCGGCGCCGAGGGUGUCUCGUGUGCACGGUGACGAGCGGCCCCGGGAAAGGAGGACGACGACGCUAGGGCUAGGACAUCUCUGUUGUGCGAGAGAGGAAAGGAGAUCGUCCAGCCCUCGUCGAUUAUCCAGCGUCGUCUCGUCGUCGUCGUCGUCGUCGUCGUCGUCGUCCCGGAGCUCGUGGAUCUUCCCGAGGACACCUCUCCUGUCGUCAAAGGAUCGCCGGUUUCGUGCGGAGCGCGUCGAAAAGGAUCGAUCGCGGAGAUGAAGAAGACGACUUUGUUGGCCGUCGUAACGAUAUUGCUGUCGGCGACGGCACGCGAUGUUGCGGCAGAACUUUACACCGCCCUGGCGGAUAUGGAGGAGCUGCUCGAGACGGAAGCCGUGCUGAUCGACACGCUGAACGGAUACAUCACGGCGCAAGAACAACGAUUGGCGACUCUGAGAAGAAACGUGGAAGGCUACGCGAGGGAGCACGAGGAGGCAUCCAGGAACAUCCAGCAGUACCUGUCGAAUCCUAUAAACGCUUAUCUGUUGGUGAAACGGCUGACCACCGACUGGAAAAAGGUCGAAGAGCUGAUAACCGAGGACGUCGGCAAGUCCUUCGUCGCGAACAUCACGAAUUCCAGGAGCGACCUGAAAUUCCCGACCGACGAGGACCUGAAUGGGGCCGCAGUCGCUUUGAUGAGGCUGCAGGACACGUACAAACUCGAGACCGCGCAAGUUGCGAGGGGCGUCCUGAAUGGGGUGCAAUACAGCACCGGAUUGACCGCGAGCGACUGUUUCGAGCUGGGUCGACAGUCUUAUCAUAAUCGCGACUACUAUCACACGGUGCUGUGGAUGCAGGAAGCCAUGGACCGCUUGCAGGAGGAGCAGAACGCCACCACCACCUCUAAGCCCGACAUCCUGGAGUACUUGGCGUUUUCAACGUACAUGCAAGGUAACGUCGCCCGUGCUUUGAGCAUGACGAACGAGCUGCUCGAAUUGGUGCCAACGCACGAGAGAGCAUUGGGAAAUCGCGCGUAUUACCAAAAGGAGAUCCAAAGCAAGGCGAGUCAGUCGAAAAAGAAGCGGGGCGAGGACGGGAAGGACGAUACAGCGAUACCUGAACAGAACUUCACUGUCGCCGAGGAAAGGGUGAAAACGUGGGAGGAAAUGACGGAGAGGGAGAGGUACGAGAUGCUUUGUCGCGGCGAAGUGUCUAUCCCGGCGGAGGUGGAGAAGAAUCUCAAGUGCCGUUACGUCGACCGUGGAAUUCCCUUUCUGAAGAUCGCGCCGUUCAAGGAGGAGGAGGCGUAUCUGGAUCCGAGGAUAGUCGUGUAUCACAACGUGAUCUAUGACGAGGAAAUAGAGACGAUCAAGCGCAUGGCUCAGCCUAGGUUUAAGCGUGCCACGGUGCAGAAUUACAAGACCGGUGCCUUAGAAAUAGCGAAUUACAGAAUCAGCAAAAGCGCCUGGCUUCAGGAGCACGAGCACAAGCACGUAGCGGCGGUGAGCAAACGCGUGGAGCACAUGACGAGUAUGUCCGUGGAGACGGCCGAGGAGCUUCAGGUUGUUAAUUACGGCAUCGGCGGCCACUACGAGCCACAUUUCGACUUUGCGAGGAAAGAAGAGACGAAUGCGUUCAAGAGCCUCGGGACUGGCAAUAGAAUCGCAACGGUUCUAUAUUAUAUGAGCGAUGUCGAGCAGGGAGGCGGCACCGUGUUCACUGCCAUCAACAUAUCGCUCUGGCCGAGAAAGGGUAGCGCGGCGUUUUGGUAUAAUCUGAAACCUAAUGGCGAGGGAGACUUUAAAACCAGACACGCGGCCUGCCCGGUACUUACAGGCUCGAAGUGGGUGGCAAACAAAUGGCUGCACGAGAGAGGUCAGGAAUUUCAUAGACCAUGUACGUUGGAGAACCAAGCGACGGACGAAGUGGACAUCAGGCACUGAGGGAGCGUCCCUUAACCGCGAGACGGAAGUAAUAGAAGAUAGGGCGCGAUAAAUAAGAUAGAAGAAAUACCAAGAAACACUUCGAGAUUCUUGCUCUGAAUAAAGAGACAUUUUACUCUUAAGAAUCUUGUCGACUCCGCGAAGAAGAGCGGUACAUACGUAACUUAAGAAUGAGCGAGAACGUUUUGGCCCGCGUGCCGUAAAAAGCGACAGUGCAAUUUAGCUGUAGGUAGGCGAGCCGUGCGCCGUUGUUCGCCGUUCGCCGUUGUUCACCGAGAAAGAAAUUCCGUCACCCUGGCGCGCACACAAUUCGCACAGCUUGACAUUUGUACCACGGACCACCGCGUGAUCUUUCUUGUUGGUUCACCGUGGAACACGAUCCCUCGCAUUUACGACGGCGAUUAACGUUUCCUUAAUCUUCGAGAUACCCGACGCUGCAGGUGAAAAUCGCGCGUAAGAAGCAGCGUGGAGUAGCUCAUCCGAGCGAGAUUAAUCGGCCGCAUUGUUUCUCCCGCGUGCUAUUUCCUUUGAACCAGAAAAUCUCGUGGAGCUCGCAGAGACUGCCGCCGCACGAAUCGCAGCAAUUUAAAAUGUAACAAAGUUGCUCUUUACAUACACGUUCCGUUUGUAGUCCGAUCCUGCGCGCGGUUUAUCAUCUAGCAGUUUGCGUCUACGGCAAACGUAACGUGGAGCAAUCGUAUGGAGUUAAAUACGUGAGAUAGCCGCGAAAUUAACCGGCGAAUGUAAAGCGGAAAAAAUGAAAGAACAGAUCCCGGCAACUCUCUUUUGCUUGAACAAAACGGAUGAAAGAGGAAAGAGAAGGGGAGAAAAAAGGAGAAACCCCGCGUGAUUGCAUCGGUUCGCUGCACGCGGAGUUAUCGCCGUUUAAACAGACUUUCUGGGUGGCGAGAGCAAAACUCGCCCCAUCCGCCGUUCGCCAUCGCGUAACGUUAAUUGUUUCUACGAGAGGAAUAGCCGAUAUUAAUAAGAUAUUACACUACGCAUCAUAGCCAAAGCAAUAAUAAAUUGCGCACGUUCUGGCCAGUCUCUCCCUUAUCGUAGUAUAUAGCACGACAUAGUGCAGCGAAGAGCGCGAUAUAAUCGUUAGCCCGUAGAUUAAUUGUAAUUUGAAUGCGAUCAUGUUAACAUGACCCGUAAGGUAUCUCGACGGCGAAAUUAACGUCGUACGUUAACGAGGCACUUCUGCCGAUGAUACUCUUACAGAAAAGUAAUUAUCAAAUCAACGAUUAUUAUUUCAAAUACAAGCGAGAAUAUAAAAUCUUUUUCAAAUUGUUUGAUAAUUGUAAAGAGGCGCAAUUUUUUUGUAUUUAUAUCUAUAGAAAUUUUGUGUAGUUUUAUUAAAAAGAAAUAUAUUCAUUUUUAAUCAAUAAUAAUUUUCAUGAAUUAAAAGAAAAAAAUAUUGGAAAUAAUAUCUUCCAAUCAAGAAUUAGAAUAUUUUUUAGUGAUUGUUAAAUAUAUUAUAGUUUUAACAAAGAACAGACAAACAACUUUAACAAAAAACACACUGAAGCUCACACAGAAAAAGAUUAUUAAAUUAACAAUCAUUGUUUUAUAUAAACGAGAAUAUAAAAUCUUAGAAGAGUUUAAUGAUCUUGAACUUUAGUCAAAUAUCUCAAUAUUAUAAUAAUCUAAAAAGCUAAUAAUAAUCAUAUUAAAAAAUUUCAAUUCUUGGUUGGAGAAUAUUGUUAUUUCCUAGUUGAUAUUUUUUUCUCCUCAGGUCAUGAAAAUGGUUGAAAGAGACGAAUGUAUUUCUCUUACUCAAACUACAUAAAAUUUUUUCAUGUAAAUAAGUUUCGUCUGUUUAAGAUUAUCAAAUUAUUUGAAGAUUUUAUAUUCUAGCUUGUAUUUGAGAUAUUAUUGAUUUGAUAUUAAUUUUUUUUUCUGCGCCAAGACCGAGAAUCUCUUGUUCGUGAUGGAUCGUUUUCGUCGGCUGUAAAUAGCGGAUGCCAUGUUGAUCCCCCCGUAUCAUCUGAUUCUUCGAUCAGGUUGUAUACGAAUCGUUUGUAUAAAAGUGAACAACACUGUCUAAUGACGACAUUGCGUUUUUUAACGGCAAUAUAUCGUAUACGAGGAUAAAUCUCGCACGAUCUUUCCCUUAUUCGGGACUACCCUAUUGCAGCGAUGCUCAAAUUGCAGUUAAUUUUAUUUGAAAUGAUUAAGAAAAAAAAGAUUUGUGUUACUAUGAGAUAAAUCAUGAUAAAAAUAAGAAGGCAGGUUUUCCAUAUACAAGACAAAACGAAAGAACAAGACUAAUUGAUAAAUAAUCCUAGAAAAUAGCGUAAUUAAUAUUUAUGCUGCCUUGCUGACAGUUGCGUUUAUAUCAGUCUUAUUUAUCGAAAAUUUGGGAAUCGUUGCUCUGGGUUGAUGUGGAUGGUUCCGAAUAUCCCGAAUUGAUUGUUAAUAUUUAGCACCAGCCAGUACCAACGUAAAUAUACGAAAUAUAUAUUAAUUUCAAUGGGGAUUCCAUUGAAGAACGUGCGCGAAGACUGGCUAUAUCGAUCAGCACAACUACCGCGUACAUAUAUUAUUUUAAAAUUAUACCGUAUUUCGAUAGAGAAAUCUAUCGUUUAGUUCACUGAAAAUUUUACGAUAGCCCUAUUAACUCGUGUUAGAAUCACAUAUACUCACUCUAGAAUCACAUUUAGCGUUUCAGAAUUUACUUUUACGUUAAAAGAGUUUAUAUAUGUUACCUAUCUUAAUUUUCUAUUUUUCAAUUUUUUUUAAUACUAUAUUCUUUUAACUACGGUCGAUUUAUUAGGAUAUUUUUAUUCUGAUUUAAAUGCUGACUACGUAUUAGCCCGAUUUUAUUAAUGACAAUUAUUAGAGAUAUGCGAAUCAAGGUUUUAGAGAUUGCCGAAUCGUGUCGAACCAUAUUUCUAUGGUCGAUUCGAUUCAAAAUAAAAUCGAGUUGAAUUUUACCCAAUUCGAUUUUGUUUGAUUCGUAUUUAAAGAAUUCGCACAUUUCUAACAAUUAUUUAUAAAGAGUACAGAGAUUAUAUUACGUCAUAAUCUUUGCACAUAUUGCGAAUUGUAAUUCCUUUUUCGCGCUUUGUACAAUUAUAAAUUGAAUUCUUUUACAUUAAACAUUAUUAAAUUAUCGCUGUAAAAACUCGGUUUUAAGGACCAACACGUUAUUGCCGCUACUCAGAAACGUGUACGUUAAAUAAGGAAUAAUUUAAAAUGUUGGAGUUUAAUUUCAGUUAGGAAGUAAGUCUCGAUCUAAAAAUAAUAUUUGAAAUUGUUUAAAUGAUCAUGACUACACAGUUACUUCCUACUCUUUUAGAAAAAAAUUUGCAAAAUAAAUUUUCUACCAAUAAUCGUGUAUAUAUCACUUCGCGAAAUAUUGUGUCACCUACGUCAUUUAACAUAGGACGAUUAUAAAGAAUGAGCGAAGAAUGAUUUAAGAUUGUAAGAUUAACGACGAGGAGUGUAGGAACAAAACGGUUCCGAUCGUCUUGUUAAGCGCGAGCGACUGAUAUCUAUCUAAUUGUGAUCACCAUCGUUUUGUUAAUAAACGAAGAAAGUAAAUAAAUUGAAAUGCAUCACAGAAA